AUGGCCGAGGAGCUUGAUGGUGCUUUCCGUGAAGUGGCAGAUCAGGGUGAAGACAACCUACCAAAUCAGCCACCUCCAGAGGAGCUUUCCAGGAAGGCUGUGGAGAAUAGGCUGAGGCGUGUCAUGAAACCCCGGGCCGAUGGUGCCCUUUUGAUCCCUCCAGAGAUUGUUGCACAGUACAAGGAUUUGUCCACAAGAGACCAGGUCAUGGCGCUGUUUGAGAAGAAGUCGAAGUACGGAGAAGGAACGCUCUACUGGGUGGAGAAGAAAAUCAAGGGCAAUCAGAAGCGAACACGCCGUUCCAUGUUCGAACAGAUGAUCGAAAGCGAACUUGAUGAAGAGCAGGAGCUGCCAUCAGUAGAUGGCCCCGGUCUGGACUUUCCAGAUGCCCCAGCUGCGUCAAAGAGCUUUGCAGCACCGACGCCAGCGAGCGCUGGAGGUCCUGACGAGUCCGAGGAUGACUUCUCCGAGGACGAGGGGGAAGAUGAGCAAGAGGCAGUGAUGAAAAGCAUCAAGUUUCCAGAGGUGGAGGGUAGCAAAAUUGCUUCGUCAGCCCCGUUGAAAUCAAAGAUGGACGAAAUUCUCAAGAAGUUGCAAGCUGCGGAAGAUGCUGUCAACACAGAGUACGGCAAUGGAAUUUCCAAUGGCUUCUCGAAAGAGUCCAACACGCCCACGGCAGGAGGAAGAGGUGCUGAGCCAAAACCCAAACAAAGAGCAAAGGCUCUUCCAAAGAAACGUGCUGCAGCCGACACCAUGAAGGGUGACGAUCAGCUGGUUGAAUGCAUGGCUGAGGCUCUCGGUGAAGGGGCGCGGGCCCCGGCCAUGCAACGACCACUUCAGAAGGUCACUGCUACGCACGUGAAGCGUGUCAUUAGCGGUGGGGAGCGCAAAGCUAUUAACGCUGAAAGGGAUUGCCAGCGGAAAUUUCGGAAGAAAGGCUUGACUGUGCCAGUGCCAAUUCAGGCAAUCAAACAUGAAAUUGAUAAGAACUUUCUUUGCACACAUUGGGUGAAAGUUUCUGAUUGGAUGAAAUAUUUGCUAAGUACAUUCCCCGGGGUCCUUGGAAGUCCCACAGUGAGCUUGGAAUCCCAGUGCCGGGCAUUCUGGUCUAUGUUCAAGUACAAGAACCCUGAUCACUGCAUAUACAAGUCUGGAAAGAAUUUGGCACGUUGUCUCCCACUCAACUUGUACGGGGACGAAGGACGAGGGCCAAAAAGGGCAUUGUUUUUGGAGAUGUCUUGCGAGACGGCCUUCGGAAUUUUUCCGCACAAAGGUGGCUGCAGCUGCAACGCAGAACUUCAAAAAGUUCCCACAUCUGCGAUCCCGCACUGUGUGGCCGAUAGUUUUGGACCAGAAGUUGCAGUUGCAGAGGGGUUGUCUACGAAUCUGAAGGGGCACUCCUACUUGACCAAACAUUUGAUUUUUGGCCUCCCAUCGUACCUCUACAAGGAACACGAAGCAAUUCUGCAGAAGCACUUGCAGCUUCUGUCGGAAGACAUGUGCCAUCUGUAUGAGACUGGAAUACAGCUGGGCGAAUCCCUGUGGCACGGAGUUUUGAUAGGGGUAAAAGGAGACAUGAAGUUCCACGCAGAAACCUGCUGCCGCUUUGACCGUUACCAUGCGAACCUUGGAAAGAUAGCUGAUCUCAUGAUGUGCCCCUUUUGCCACGCAGGGCAGCAAGGCAUGCCGUUUGAGGAGCUGGACGACACACCCCUCUGGACCAACAGCAUGUUUGCCACCCGUCCGUGGCCUGCAGAUGACUCGCCUCACUUGGCGACCAUUCCCUAUGACAGCUUCGGCAGACAGGAGGCAAUGUUCAGUUUGGGUCCAUUCCAUGUCAGCAAAGUUGGCUUGAUCAGAGAUGUGGUUGGGAGCUUGCUGGUGAUCAUGUGCAGGGUCGGUUUUUUUGGCACUGCUUCUGAUUCAAGAGACAUCAAUGAGACUGAGAUCAUUUACACGGGCAUAUCUGAAUGCCAAGACAUUUUCCACGAGUCCGUGGACGAACUCAAAAGGAAAGUUUUGCAGAACAUCAUUGGCAUGCAUGAGCUGCUUGAAAGCCACGGCCUUUUCCUUCCGAGGCGAGUUUCAACUCGCACGAUCGGAUUUCGCGUCAUACAGCGCUUUUUCCUGAAAUCCAGAGCUUUGUUUGUCCGUCAUCGCAAGAAGCAUGGACCGGGAUUUCUUUAUGAUAAGAACAUGUGA